UUUCAGCAUCUCCUGGUUCUACUCCAACUUUUGACCCAUUCUAGAAAUGUCGGAAUCCCUUGAGGAAGCGCUUAUCGAGGACCUCUCCAAUCUCCGAAUCUGUGUUACCUCCGAUAACGUCCAGCAACAACCCAGGGUCUCAACAGCCACGAUGAACACGCUGAUCUCCCGUCAACUAGGGCUUCUGCUUCACGCCCACGAGUGUGUCCGUCGGGAUAUUAAAAUCCGUGAAGCUGCCGAGAAGAACGAGCCGGCUCCUCAUGCAAUGUGUAAGAUUCAGGAUUGUGUGAUCAUGAAGGAGGUGCUGAAGCAUAUGACGUCGUGCAAGGAAGGACCCAAGUGUAACUCGGUCCACUGUGCUUCCUCCCGCACCAUCCUCAGCCAUUGGAAGAAAUGCUUCAACGAGGAAUGCCCAGUGUGCAAGCCGAUUAUUGAGCAGCGGACUGCUCCUCCUCAGGACACCACCCCUGCGGAGCCCAAAAAACCAGAACACGACCAGAUCUGGCACCUGGAAGUCCCCAAAACCUACCGAAGCGAACUCAUCGAGAAGAUCUACAAGGGAAUCAUGUCCAAUGUGAAGCCGGGUACCCUGUCCGAGGCCCAAAUGGAUACCUGGAAGGAGUACUCGAGAUCUGCGGAGCUUCAGAUCUUCGAUACCGCCCAAAAGCUGGAAGCGUACUACCAUAUGGCUAGAGAGAAGGUUUGCCGCUACCAGGAAGGAUUUCCAAGACGUCAGAAGACGGAGGAGAAGGAUGAAAGUGAUGGUUCAGAGAAGGAGGAUGAGGCUGACGAUCGCUUGGAGGGGACUUCCACGGACUACCAGGGUUCCUAAUCACCUAUCAAAAGAUUUCAUGUUCAAUUGACCAAAUCACUACUGUAGUGGCUGAAUUUACCAACUGUUAGUACAAGAAUCUUAACCAUGUCUCUUGUAGCUUCGUUUAACCUAGUGUUUCCUGAACUUUGUAUCCUUGGAAUUUUU